AUGUGCAAGUAUCAUGGCACGCAUGGUCACAGGAUCAAGGGUUGUAGACAAUUAAGAGAAGAGGUAGCCCGCCUAUUCGAUGAGGGACAACUUCGAGAAUUCCUCGGCGACCGAGCCAGGAAUCACUUCAGAGAAAGGGACGCCAGCAAAAAGGAUAACCAAGAGGAACCUCUGCAUAUCAUUCAUAUGAUCAUCGGUGGGGUCGAUACUCCGCAGGGACACAUGCUCAAGUACGGCAAUAUACCGACCACAGGGGAAAAACGAACUCGAGGUUACGUACCCGAGGGCACUUUAUCAUUCGGAAUUGAAGAAGCCGAAGGUAGCUCUGUGAAUAUCAUCCGAUCUUGGGUAGUGGAGCAGCUCGGCUUGCAGAAUCAAGUCGUGCCCGCAGCUCGGGUCCUGAACGGUUCCAAUAUGGCCAGUGAAACGACUAAAGGGGAGAUUACUCUACCAGUGAAUGUAGCUGGAACCAUCCAAAAUACCGAAUUCCACGUAAUCAAAGGGGAUAUGAGGUACAACGCCCUACUCGAAAAACCUUGGAUCCACAAUAUGAAGGCAGUGCCUUCGACCCUCCACCAAGUAAUGAAAUUUCCUACGUCGGACGGCGUGAAAACAAUAUACAGGGAGCAACAUGCUGCGAAGGAAAUGUUUGCGGUCGAUGAGAAAAUAGAGGAUGACGAGAAAAGGUUUCUGACACCUCGAGCUUUCGUCGCCCCCGACGACUCCGACACCACCAAAUCUACGAUCGAAGAACUGAAGCAGGUUAUAUUAAUCAAAUAUCUGCCCGAGAAAAAG